AUGUGUAAAUAUAAUGAUCAUAAAUAUUUAGUAGAAAAGGUAGAUAGAUUGGUAUUACCAGAAAAUGUUGUACCAAUUAAAUAUGAUUUACAUUUAAAACCAAAUUUAAAAGAAUUUACUUUUAAAGGUGAAGAGACCAUCACAGUUCAAGUAAAACAACCAACAAAAACCAUAACUAUACAUUCAAUUGAAAUUGAAAUUCAAUCAGCUUCAAUAAAAUCAUCAUCAUCAUCUCAAUCAUCAAAAUCAAUUACAUUUUAUGAACCAGAAGAAGUUGUCAUCUUUGAAUUUGAAAAUGAAUUAUCAGUUGGUGAAUAUUGUUUAUCAUUGGUAUUUACUGGUUUAUUAAAUGACAAAUUAAAAGGUUUCUAUCGUUCAAAGUAUACUGUUAAAGGUGAAGAUCGUUAUUUAGCAACAACUCAAUUCGAAGCCACCGAUGCUCGUCGUUCUUUUCCAUGUUUUGAUGAACCAGCUCAUAAAGCAGUUUUCAAUAUCACUUUAACUGUCUCUGAAUGUCAUACCGCUAUUUCAAAUAUGGAAGAAAAAUCAAUUACUCCAAAUAAUGAUGGUACUAAAACUUAUAUAUUCGAACAAACUCCAAUUAUGAGUACAUAUUUAGUUGCUUAUAUUGUUGGUGAUUUAGAAUAUAUUGAAGGUAAAACAAAGGGUGGUAUUAGAGUUAGAGUUUAUAAAGCUAAAGGUGUUGAAGGUGAAAGUGAUUUCGCUUUAGAUACUGGUAUUAGAGCAAUGGAUUAUUUCAUUGAUUAUUUCAAUGUACCAUAUCCAUUAACUAAAUGUGAUCAUGUUGCUGUUCCAGAUUUUGCCGCGGGUGCGAUGGAAAAUUGGGGUUUAAUUACAUAUCGUGAUGUAAUUUUAUUAACAUCAGAUAAAACAACAUUAGCAACUAAACAAGAUAUUGUUGGUGUUAUUGGUCAUGAAUUAGCACAUCAAUGGUUUGGUAAUUUAGUAACAAUGGAAUGGUGGAGUCAAUUAUGGUUAAAUGAAGGUUUCGCUACAUUUAUGGGUUAUUUAGUAACAGACUAUUUAUAUCCAAAAUGGAAUGUAUUUUUAGAGUUUUCACAAUCCUAUCGUAACUCUGCACUCUCAUUGGAUGCAUUAGAUAAUUCACAUGCCAUUGAAGUACCAGUACGUUCAUCAGCAGAGAUUUCAGAGAUCUUUGAUGAUAUCUCUUAUAAUAAGGGUUCAUGUGUAAUUCAAAUGGUUGAAAGUCGUUUUGGUGAAUCAUUUAGAAAGGGUCUUCAUCAUUAUUUGACCAAACAUUCCUACAAGAAUACCAUCACCGAAGAUCUUUGGGCAUCAAUUUCACAUACAAGUGGUGCUGAUGUAGAUUCAUUCGUUAGAUCUUUCACAAAGUAUCCAGGUUAUCCAGUUGUAUCCAUUCAAGAGACUGAAAAAGAAGGUGAAUUCUCAUUGACCCAAAAGAAAUUCAGAUCAGAUGGUCAAGUUGAAGAGAAAUCCGAUGACCCAAUUUGGAAUUGUUUCAUUAAAUUCCAAACAAAGAAUGGUCCAUUCGAAUUCACUUUAACCAAGAAAUCCGAUACCGUCACCAUUCCAAACUAUAAAAAAGGUGAUUGGCUUAAACCAAACUAUGGUCAAUGUGGUUACUAUCGUAUUGCCUAUACAUCGGAAUUAAUCAAAGCAUUGGUACCUGUAAUUGAGUCAUUGGAACUUCCAGCUCAAGAUCGUUUAGGUUUAUUAUCAGAUUGCUAUUACCUUUGCAAGAAUGGAAGUACACCAAUCUCAUCCUAUAUGGAUUUGGUAUUCUCUUAUCACAAUGAAACCGAUAGUGAUGUUUGGACAUUCAUCAUUAAAUCUUUGGAUGAAAUUAGUGAAUUAAGUUUUGAUCAAACCUACAAAACUGACUUGGAAGAAAUGAUCCGUAAAUUGUUGAAACCAUUAUCACAACGUUUAGGCUUUGAAGUUAAAUCAGGUGAAUCAUCCUCUGACACUUUGUUAAGAAAUAAAGUAAACUCUUAUUUGGGUAUUUUGGGUGACAAAGAGAUUGUGGCCGAGGCUAGAAAGAGAUUUGAGCAAUUCAAAGUCGACCAAUCUUCUUUACCUUCCGAUAUCCGUUCAAGUGUUUUAGUCACUGUUGUAAAGAAUGGUUCCGAAGCUGAACAACAAGAAAUUAUCAAUAGAUACCUCGCUUCCAAUGAUAUUGCAGAGAAAUCAAGUUUAUUGUCAGUUGUUUGCAAAUCACCAUCCAGUGCAUUGGUAUUGAAGGCUUUGGAAUUCUCUGUCUCAAAAGAUGUUAGAACUUGUGAAUCCUAUAUGCUUUGGAGAGUCGGAAAUGAAUUUAAACCAGUAGUUUGGAAAUAUUUCACUGAAAACUUUAAAUCAAUCAAUGAAACCUUUAAUCAAAAUGUUUUAUUCGCUUAUAUGAUCUCUUUUGCUUUGUCCUCAAAAAUGACUGAUCAACAAUUACAACAAGUUGAAGAUUUCUUCAAACAAAAUCCAGUUGCAAUUGCUGAUCGUUCAAUUAAACAAGAUUUAGAACAAAUUAGAAAUAAUACAAAAUGGUUUAAUUCAUUUAAUAAAGAUUUAUUAAAUUGGAUUAAAAAAUAA